AUGCCAACUUCGUCUCCUAUGCCUGAUAUCUCCAUUCCUCAAGCUAGGAGGAUAGCUGUGGAUACCACAGGGGCUCAGAUAGUCCAAGAGGAAUCGCCAGCUACUCGAGAUUCCCGAGGUAUCUAUCUACCUCAUUACAUCGAGCCUGUAUCUCAUAUCGCUAUAGAUAUUGGAGGAUCUUUAGCUAAGGUGGUUUACUUCACAAGAUCCAACCUUCCUAUAUCAACCACACCACCACAAUCAGGCCAUUCUUCACCUUUCCUACCGCCCGCAGAAUCCGUUUCGGCGCCAUCACUCCUAUCCACAUCCAACGGAGCUUCCUCUUCCAGAUAUCACAUAGAUCAUGAUGAUUCGACUUCACUCAACUCACAUUCUCAUGCACCUUUUGACCAUUCUCCACCACCGUCAAAGCGACCAACUUUAAACGGAGCUUUAACUCCAGGAGUACUAUCAGAAGAUUUUCAGUCAAAUAAUUCUCAUCAACAGUUCACCAAUUCAUCAUCAAACUCAAAAUCAAAAUCAAUUCAUGAUAGAAAAGCAUCAAGAAAUAGUUUUAGUACACAUCCAAAAUUACGUCGUUCAUCUUUACCACCACCUUUACCUGGAGGUUUACUAAAUUUCGCAAGGUUCGAAACUGAAAAUAUAGAUGAUUUGAUUAAAUUCUUACAAGAUUUGAUCACUUCUUCUGCUUCAGCAAAUAGAGUUUCAUUGGAAAAAAUGAAAAGAAAUGUCAAAGUUAUGGCAACAGGUGGUGGAUCACAUUUAUUUUAUGAUAGAUUAAAAGAUGAAUUAGGUGUUCAAGUUACUAGAGAAGAAGAAAUGGAAUGUUUGAUCUUAGGUUUAGGUUUCGUAACUAGAGUACCAGAAGAAGUCUUUUGGUUCUCUGAAGAAUUAGUGUAUAAAGUAUCACAUACGCACCAUGAUUCAACUUCACCUUCAACUGCAAAUUCGAAUUCAACAUCAGCACCUCCACCACAUCCAGUGAAAUUGACCAUACCACCAUCAGAAUUACCUAGACCAAGUCCAACACCACCAGCCUACCAAGUCACAUUCGCGGAUACAUUGGAAGGAACAGAUCCGGUGCCUCACUUCCCUUGUCUGAUAGUCAAUAUAGGUAGUGGAGUCAGUAUCGUUAAAGUGGACGAGGAUGGUUCAUUCGAAAGAGUCAGUGGUACUUCUCUUGGAGGAGGAACCCUCUGGGGUCUAUUGAGUCUUUUGACUGAUGCUGAAAACUUCGAUGAAAUGCUACUUCUGUCGGAACAAGGAGACAACUCAGCUGUAGACAUGCUUGUAGGAGAUAUAUAUGGAUCGGACUAUUCUAAGAUCGGAUUGAAGUCCUCUACAAUAGCUUCAUCGUUUGGCAAAGUAUUCAGAAAAGGAUCUAAUCCUGAACAGCGAAAGAAAUCAUUCAAACAAGAGGAUAUAGCGAAAAGUUUAUUAUAUGCUAUCAGUAACAAUAUUGGUCAUGUUGCAUAUAUGAAUGCAGCGAAAUACGGACUUGAUAAGGUGUUUUUCGGAGGAUGUUUCAUUCGCGGUCAUGCGGCUACCAUAUCAACGUUAUCAUAUGCCAUCAGAUUCUGGAGUAAAGGUACUAUGCGAGCAUGUUUCCUUCGACAUGAAGGCUUUUUAGGUGCAAUAGGAGCGUGGAUAAAGAACGUCGAACCCGAACAAAAUCAAGAUAUCGAUCAUGAAAAUGAAAAUGGGAAUGGGAAUGGGAAUGGGAAUGGGAAAGAAGAUCAUUCAAGCGAUUAG